AUGAGUCUUAGCGUGACCGGAUACUCACAGGGCUACCCGCACCCGGGACCUAUGGUGCACGAUUUUUAUCAAUAUCCACCUGAACCAACGCCACAUCAUUAUUUCCCUAACUGGAUGCUCAGCGGUGGUGGGGCUGCAGCAGCCGGUAUUGGUGGAGCGGAUUCUUACCUACCCAGCGGGUCUCCAGGGACAGAUUUCCACACAUUCAACUCGUAUGACCAUUUGCAACAUGUGGGACCAUUGCGUGUCGUCAAACGGCGCGUCACAGCCAACAAAAAAGAGAGACGACGAACGCAGAGCAUCAAUGCAGCGUUCGCUCAACUGCGGGGUUGCAUCCCGAAUGUCCCGUCCGACACGAAACUUUCUAAAAUAAAAACUUUACGAUUAGCUACUAGUUACAUUGCCUACCUCAUGGACGUUCUAUCGAAAGAUGACCCUUCCUUUAUGGACACGGCGGAGUUUAAAGCAGAAGUAACAAAGAAACUUGAUAGUCGAGAGGAGAAAAAACGCAAGGAGAUUACAUUUGCCACCAAGCAAUACGACCAUUUUCUUUCUUUCUUUCUUUCUUUCUUUCUUUCUUUCUUUCUUUCUUUCUUUCUUUCUUUCUUUCUUUCUUUCUUUCUUUCUCUCUCUCUCUCUCUCUCUCUCUAUAUAUAUAUAAUAUAUAAAGUUGACCUCGUUUCUAUCUAUCUAUUUAUCUAUCUAUUUAUCUAUCUAUCUAUCUAUCUAUCUAUCUAUCUAUCUAUCUAUAUCUAUCACUUACGUUUACUCAAUAAAAAUGCUCUAUCGUUAUCUAUCUAUCUAUACAUAUGA